AUGGAUUUCUUAAAUAAUUUCCUCGAAGAGUAUGAAACGUCCCUCCCAGAGUACCUGAAGAAACUCUUGAUGUACAAAGGAUUUGAUAAUAUUUUUUCUAUUUCAAAGUUGAAAUAUGAGCACAUUCAAGAAUUAGAAAGAUUUGGAAGGGACGAUUUGAAAGACUUGCUUACUAAUGCAGAAAUUAAAUCUUUUUAUGGUAUUUAUUACGAAAAUAUUGCAAAGUGGAGCAUUCCUGAAGGACACAAAGAGAUUCUGAUCUAUUUACAAGAACAGUGUGCUGAAAAAGUGAGAGAGAAUCAACUGAAGAAAGAACAAAAAAGGAAGGUUGAAAAUCAAGAAAAAACAUCAAAAGACUCUGCUAAAGAUCCAGAUAAUCAGAUACCGAAUAAAAGAAUUCACUUGGAGAAAAAAACGAUAGCGGUAGCAGGAAAUCAUCGACAGAAAGAGACUUGCGGCGAAGAGAAAACUAAUGAACAAAUAGAAGCAGAGAGUCAUGUUAGAAAAUUAUCACAGGCCUAUUUGACAAAAUUUUGUGAAGGAACAGUGAUGGAUAAAAUAAAAAAAAAGGAUAUUCUAGAUAAAAUUCCUGGGAUAGAAGUGCAUGUUGAUAUGGAAAAUUAUUUCGCUCAAGUAAAAUGUUGCCUAUGUGAUUUCAGAGGACGAUGUUAUUCAGUUAAAAAUACCGGUAUUGGAAGGAAAUGGGUACUUUCCAAUGUGAAUAAACAUUUUCGUACCCAUUUCAAAGAUCCUCCUCCGAGUUCUGCUCAUAAGAAAAGUGAUUUAUGUUCACAAAAAAAUCGCGCGUCAUCUAAUACAAGUAUUAUGAAUUACCUUGUAUUACCUUCUUCUCAAAUGGAAUCAAAUGAUGUCAUGGAUAUUAUUGAGUGUAGUUCGGAAUCAACCAUGUAUGAGCAAGAGCGAAAUACCCAUUCAACUACAACUGACAGCGUACAACAUUAUUCAACCCUUCCACCAUCAACGAAUGAACUCAACAUUCAGUAUAACUCUCAUCCAAACAACGAACAAUAUACAACCGUUAAUUCCGAUGUCGAAAACCUGGGCAUAAACCCGCCCUUCUCCCAGACUUUCUCUUAUUCAUCUGAAAUCACUGAUAGAGAUAAUUAUCAUGGAAUUCUCCAACCUAUAGCUAAUCCGAUAAAUAAUUCUGUGACAGAAGUUAAUGACACAUUUUUUGGAAUCCGCAGAAUCGAAAAUGAGGCGUUCUGUUCUGCGGAUCCAAGCACACGAAAGCCUCUACAUUCCAUUUCCAGUAUAAGUCAAGAAGUCGAUAAAAAACAUUCUCGUAACCAGAGAAAAAUAAGCAGUUUUAAUGUAGCUAGUUACUGUGAUCAGACAAAAAUAACGGAUUAUUUCGUCAAAAAACUGGCAGAAGUAAUUGAUGCUAAUCCAAAUCUGAAUUCACGAAUAUUGGACUAUAUGAAUGAAACCAGAAUAGAUGAAAGAAAUAUUUCGAAAAACACCGAUGUGACCAGCUCAACUGAAUUGCCAAAUUUUUUAGUUUUUUUGAAAGAUGCAGCCGAUCUAAAUUCGAACAAAAGGUCUAAAGGAAAUAGAUAUGAGAGUAAAUUGAAGUUAUUCAGUUUGUAUAUAUUCAUAGUUGGUGGUAGAUUGUUGUAUGAAACUUUGUAUAACAAUUUGAAGAAAUCUUUACCAUCUAUAACUACACUACACAGAUAUUUAGAUACACAUCAGGCAGAUAUGAAUAUAGAAGAAGGAAUAGUUAGAGUUGAGAAGUUAAAAGAAUAUCUACUCAAAAGAAAAUGCCCAUUGAAAGUUUUCAUAUCUGAGGAUCAAACAGCUCUGAUAAAAGGUGUUCGAUAUGAUUCAACAACAAAUAGAUUAAUCGGUUUUGUGUCUCCUCUUUGUGAAAAUACCGGGUUUCCCAAAUGUGACAAAUUCUAUGUUCAUUCUGCGAGAGACAUAGAAAAAGCUUUUUCUGAGGAAAAUUUAGUGGCUAACGCAUAUGUCUUCAUGGCACAGCCAAUGGUUGACGGAAUACCUGCCUUCACUCUUGCUACUUUUGGAAGUGACAAUAAAUUUACAAGCCGGAAUGUCCUACAGAGAUGGCAGUUCAUUGAAGAAUUAUGCCAUGAAUACAACAUCGAAAUAGUGGGGUUUUCUAGUGAUGGCGACUCUAGAUGUUUGAAGUCAAUGAAAAUUCGGACAAAACUUCCCUCAGCGAAAGAGAUCUCAGAAGAGAACCCAUAUAGCCCAUAUUUUCAGAUGGCCUAUGGAGUAAAAGGACCUGUUUUAAUCCAAGAUACUGUACAUAUCGGAACAAAAUUGAAAACGAAGUUUUUGAAGCCGAACAACAGGAUGGCUAUGGGAUCCACAUUUGUUUCUUCAGAGCAUAUCAGGAUACUCAUACAAAAAUAUUCAAAAGACAAACAUCUUUUGAGCGAUAGCUAUUUGAAUGAUGGAACAUUUAAGUUUCCUCGAGAGGAAAAUUCAAAGCUUGGUAAAAUCUCUUCAAAUGGAUCUUCAACCUGUGAGGAUGUAAUAAAAUCAAUAACCAAUGAAGAAAUUUUAGAGUGUUUGAAGGAAGCGCAUUCUCAGGCGGAAAAGGACGCUGACAGCUUAGGUGUAAUUUUGAAAGAGCAUUCGAGAGGAACAAGCUUGGACGUGCAAAUUACCAAUGUUGAAGAAGAAAGUUAUUCAACAGAAGGAGAAGACAAAAAUGGAACCAUAUCGAUGAAUGGAAUAGAAGAGGAAUUAUCCGAUUCAGAAUACAAUAGAGAUUUGUUAGAUACGCAUGAACUACCUGAAUUCGAAACUUUAGAUCUUAAGGACUUCAGCCAAACAGUUCAUGACCCGAAGAUUGAUUCAUCUUUUCUGAAAGUUAUUCUGAAAAAUGGGAAGGAAUUGGUUGUCAGGAAGUCAAGUUUGUGUUGGUUGUUCUCAAAUAAACAAUCACGUCUUUCAAGUGAUAGAAUUUAUAGGGUCAGAGGAACAGGCUCAUCCACGUCAUCUAAUCCCCUCGCCACUCCCAAAGAUAAAAUGAAACGAAAACAGAAGAAGAAAAUUAUUCCGAAAAAUACAAUAGAUCAAAAACAAUCAAAAAAAUCGCUGAGUACUAAGAAUAUUAAAAAGAGAACCUCGACCAAAACUGAUACUGAUGCUACUGACACCGAGACUGACACCAGUUUCGAUUUUGAAAGCGAAAGCGAAUUCGAAAAUGAAAGUUUCGAAGAAUUGACCGCUGAUCGAGCCGCUGAUGAAACUCGUAGUUCACCCGACAGAGUAGUGUUGACCGAAGAAAAGUAUUAUGCCGUAUACUACGACAAUCAAUUCUACCUUGAUUCAAAAAUUGUCAGCUCAGCUCUCCUCAAGAGGCAAAAGGCAACCAAAUUGGUUGUGGGAUUUUUGGCCCCAGCAUUCAAACAGGAAAUAAUAAAUGACAUUAAACAAAGCAUGUUCACCAUCAUAGUAGAUGAGACCACAGUUGUUAGCAGAGUAAAAUCACUAGUAAUCAUUAUGAGAUCAUCUAAAGCUGAAGAUAUUUUCUCUUCAAUUACAAAUCUACUCAAUGAAAGUGAUGUACCCAUAGAAAAUGUCAUUGGAUUUGCUGAUGAUAAUUCUAGUACAAUGAUGGGAGCUCUAAAAGCUGUGCAAGCAAAAUUCAAGGCAACAUGUCCUGAUAUAUAUGUACAAGGUUGUACCUGUCAUUCACCUUUGCAAAAACAAUUUUGA